GAGCAACAGCAGCAGCAGAAGUUCACAUGAAAUGAACUUUAAACCAGAGAGAAGACAGAGCUGUGUGGAGUGUUUUGCACAAAGAGGAAUCAAACCAUCAACGUUUCUGUUUAUAUCAACCUGAACUAAAGCUUCUGUGAUGGCCGCUGUGAGCUGUACUCUCUCUGAGGAGCAGUUCCUGUGCUCCAUCUGUCUGGAGGUCUUCACUGAUCCAGUCACUACACCGUGUGGACACAGCUUCUGCAGAGUCUGUAUCAACAAACACUGGGACAGCAGCGACCAAUACAACUGCCCAGUCUGUCAACAGGACUUCAGCUCAAGACCUCAGAUGAAAAUCAACACUGUUCUGGCAGAAAUGGUCUCUCAGUUCAGAAAUAAACCUGAAGAUGAAGAAACUGUGAGCUCCAAACCCCAGUCCACUGCUCCAGGAGAAGUGAGCUGUGAUGUGUGUCCAGAGCCCAGACUCAGAGCCCUGAAGUCCUGCCUGGUGUGUCUGGCCUCGUACUGUCAGAUCCACCUGCAGCCCCACCUCACAAACCCCCGUCUGAAGAGGCACCAGCUGAUCCAACCUCUGCCCAACCUGGAGGAGCGCAUCUGCCCUGAGCACGACCGACCUCUGGAGCUCUUCUGUAGGGAACACUCACACUUCAUGUGCAUGCAGUGCGGUUAUACAGAGCACCAAACUCAUGAUACAGUCCCCCUGAAGGAGGAGGGUGAGGAGCACCAGGCCACGCUGAAGAAUCAGAUUAAAGAAAGACGUCAGAAAAUCGAGGAGAUCCGGCGCUCAGUGGAGCUCAGUCAGAGAAAAGCAGACACAGAAAUACAAGAAGGUCUCAGAGUCUACAACGCUUUGAUGGAGUGUGUUCAACAAAGUCUGGACAAGUUCAAACAGAACAUUGUAGAGAAGCACAAGAAGAACGAGGAGGAGGCAGCUCAGCUGAUAGAGCAGAUCCAGACAGAGAUCUCUGCGCUGGAGCAGAGAGGAGCUGAGAUGGAGCAGCUCUGGAGCUCUGGAGACCACCUGCACUUUGUACAAACCUUCACUUCAGUCAAACCUGCUCCACAGCUCAAUGACUGGACCGAGGAGACUGUGAGGGCCCCAUCGUACAAGGGGAGAGCGGGCCAGGCUCUGUCUGAUCUGAAGAAGACACUUAAUACAGAGAUGGAGAAGUUCUUUAAGACUGAAUUAGAAAAAGUACAAGAGUUUGCAGUGGAGGUGUCUCUAGACCCAGACACAGCACAUCCAAAAUUAGUUCUGUCUAAAGAUCUCAAACAGGUUCAUUACAGAAACCAAAGACAAACUCUUCCAGAUAAUCCUGAGAGAUUUUCAAGGUUUUUUUGUGUUUUAGGAAAACAAAAGUUCUCAUCAGAAAAGUUUUAUUUUGAGGUCCAGGUCAAAGGAAAGACUCAAUGGGAAUUAGGAGUGGCCAAAGAGUCAGUGGACAGAAAAGCUGAAGAUGAUCAAACUGUACAGAGAGGAUACUGGACACUCUAUAUUGGCAGAGCUAAGUAUAUAACGUCAGACGAUCCCCCUGUACUUUUCCCUGUGACAUCCUCUCCAGAGAAGGUGGGAGUGUUUGUGGAUUAUGAUGAAGGUCUUGUCUCUUUCUAUGAUGUGGAUGAAGAAUCUCUUAUUUACUCUUUCACUGACUGUGGUUUCACUGAGAACAUUCGGCCACUUUUAAUUCCAUAUGGCAAUGCUAAAGGUACAAACUCUGCUCCUCUGAUACUUUCCCCCAUUAACAGUUCUGCAGAAUAAAGAUCAUCUCAUAGAAGAGAGAUAUCCAUCAAUCACACUCCUGGUGGGAACAAAACAAUUAGAACAUGUUAGCAGGUAGUUGGAUUUUUGUCAUUUAUUUAUUAUCAAGAAAGUUUGAGUUUAUAUUUAGUUUAGUUGAUGUUUCUGCACAAACUGGAUUCAAUGUGCCCAAAGACAGAGGUCAGCUGACUCCCUGAAUAUAUUAAAGGACCAGGUUACUUUCUUCACUGGUUCUGGAAUAACUUUCUAUUUCUAUGUUUCUAUGUUUUCUUCUUUGCUUGUUUACAUUGUUUAUGAAAAUAGGCUGCACAUAAAUCAAGAUGGUGAGGAUUGUUAAAUGAACUCAGUAUAAACUUUCUAUUUAGACGUCUGUAGUGUAAUCUGCAGGGACGUUAAAGGGCCCAUAUUACACUAUUUUCUGAUCUAUGUUAUAAUGCUGUUACGUCUUCAAAAACCCACCCAGAUUUGAGUUUUGUUUCAUUCACAAAAAAAAGCUCACAAGAGUCAGUUUUGUGUAACACUUUAAUAUAAUGCAUAAUAUAUACCAUUGUUUCCCAAAGCCUGGGUCGUGACCCUCAGGUGGGUCACACGAGAUCUUUUUUUGGGUCAUCUUGUCACGAUCUAGCCUGAUUCAUCAGCCAGUUUCACUUCAUGGAAACCGUCUGACCUCGCAGCAUUAGGAUUCAUUUGCUCGACAGUAGGCGGGUACUUUUUUAUUUAAACAAUCGCUGCUAUUUGGUUGUGAUGUAUGUAAUGCGCCAUUAACGGGGCUAACUGGUAUAUUAAGCUUUUCCCAAAUCCUGUAGGAAGAAGGGCAAUAAUGUGUUUCCCCUUGAUAAAAUUCACCAAACAUUCUCUUUAUUCCGACUUUAAAUCUUUGAUCUCGGGAAUUGUUGCCAACACAGAAUAUAUGGCUCUUUAAUGAUUGGCUGGUGCCCGAACUUGCACUUUUGGGGUUCUUGCAAAUCGUCUAGUGUAUUCUGAUUGCUGACCUAGUCGCUGGAGAGAAAUUAAAUUGAGUGGAGGCAUUAGGUGGCACCAGCCUGACUAGUCAUGAUCUGCAUUUCUACUUGAUCUGCGCCUGCGUUCUCCUCCUGCACCAGGACUGGAACGUGCUACAAAAACACAGACAGGCCCACCUGUCUCAUUAUAAAUGAUAAAAUGUUACGACAUGUUUUGUAUAAUUUUUAAUCUUUUUCAUAAUUAUUUUAUUGACUAUUUUGUUUCAGUAUCGCUGGUUCAUUUGGAUGUUGAAAAGAAAAAUAAAUGGGCUACAUUUAAUGUCUAAAUAGGUGACUUAUGGAUCUUUUUAUUGCUGCUUCAAUCACAGUUUUUCAUUCUUUCAAACUUGAAUAAUAGUAAUUGUUCAGAGAGACACGAUCAGUCAGUCAACAAUAAAAUAUCCUCAUUAAUGUUCAGUAAUGGUCAAAUCCACCUUUGUUUUGUGAUUUAUGAAUAAUGUCUCUUGACUUGGGUCGCGAAGGACUGUGACUUUUAAAAUAUGGGUCCCCAGAAAAAAAGUUUGGGAAACACUGUUAUAUACGAAACUCACGAUUAGUGCAGAAGUCACUGAUCAGCCAUUAUUUUUUCCAUCAAUGUACUUAGUCAAACUAUUAUUUCUAUUGUGAACUUAUAUUUUGAUUUUAAGCAACAAAAAAAGGUCAAAAUAUUGUGGUUGGAGAUUUAUGUAUUUACAGAUAAACUGUAUUAAUGAAGAAAAUCAGAAAUAAUUUUUUCUUCUUUGAUAACUGAUAUUUAUAGAUCAGACAGUAAACAAAGAAGAGGAUUUUUAUCGUGGACUUCCUUUGUCUCUCUUUUUAAGUUGUAAUUACAUGAUAAAUACAGGAAAAGAAAACUAAGAAUCUUAUGUAAACACUUUUGAUUUAUGAUUUUGUCACUGACUUAUUUUGUGUCACAAUCUGUUAUGGUGCAGGGAAAAUAAAUGAUAUGGAGUAACCAUG